AUGAGAACUGUGAAUUCGCAAGUUGAGGGAUGCUCUUUAGUUGGCAUCGACGUGGAACACUGCUUAACGCCAAGUGAUAAUCCGCAGUUCUCGCUCGACUCUUGUUGCACUUCUCUUAAUAUUGUUGUUAAAGCCGGAUACUAUUGCCUUUGCUCUCUACUCGGCCCUUCCGAGUAUUCUUUUCUCAACACUCGACUCGCUAUUUCAUUCUCGAAUUGUAACAUAUCAAUUCCUUCUAUAACUCAUUGCCAAGUUGUAGAGCCGCAACCGAUGGCUAUGCCGCCACCGGAAGCCACGGUGGCGCAGCCAAUUCAGAUGCUGGCGCCGCCCAACCUCCCAAUAGGCGACGAGUUUGUGCAUUUGCCGCCAAAAGUGGAGGAAAGCACCACAAUUUCAAUUGGCAACAAUUCUUCGGCGACAACAACAGCCGACACAAAUGAAAACCAAAGCCCGUCGCUGCCCAAGCUUAGCAUCCCGGAGCGCUGGGGAUUUAUUCAGCAGUCGAACCGAGCGCAUCGUAUUAUCAUGCUUUCGACAAAAUUGCUUCCCGUCGCUGUUUUCGCAUUUGCUGCUUGA